CUGGCAUUCACGGCAUUCAUCCAUCUACCUACCCUUCCAUUAAACACCCUUUCUCCCCUCUCUAUCUCGUGCUUGACCAGUCCAAACUGUUCCCACCACCAUCCCCGCCAACCAUGGCACCUCCAUACACAGCAGACGUCGUCCCCGGCACAGUUCACCUGGUCGACCUAGGCGAUCACGAAAGUCAUGGAAGACACGCCGGAAACCGACCCGACAUCGUUCUCGUUCCCCAACCCAGCAAAGACCCCGAGGAUCCCUUGAAUUGGUCACAAAAGAGGAAGUUCUGGUCGUUGGCCAUGGUGCUAGUCUAUACACUGGGAGUCGGCAUUCCCACCACAUUACACUACUCCGUCAUCGCCGACAUCACGCGCGAUACGGGGAUUUCGACGGCAGAUCUGGUGCAGGGCAAUGGAGUCAUGUUUCUGUUCUUGGGCUGGGCCUGUCUCUUUUGGCAGGCGAUUGCGACGGGAUAUGGCAGACGGGGCAUCUAUUUGGUUUCCGUCUUGUUUACCAUCCCCAUAAUGGUGUGGACUGCACACUCGACGUCGGCGGGAACGUGGUAUGCGCACCGUGUCAUCAUUGGAAUUGUCUGCGCGCCCAUCGAGGCGUUGCCGGAAAUUUCAAUCUCAGAUGUCUUCUUCGCGCAUGACAGAGGCACCUGGAUGUCGACCUACGUCCUAACUCUGUUUGGAUCCAACUUCAUCGCGCCAUUGAUCGCAGGAUGGAUGGACGACGGUCUUGGCUGGCGGCCGACCAUGUACGCGGGUGCGAUCAUUGCUUCAGUAGCAUUGGUCAUUCUCUUCUUUGGAAUGGAGGAGACGAUGUAUUUCCGCAACACGGUCGAGGGCGUUGAGGUGCAGUCCCCCGCUGACAGUGUUCCUGACUUGGCCCUGAGCAGCGAGGAGAAGGCCAAUCAUGUACAAUCUACGAUCACGACGCCUAGCAAUGCGUCAGAGAAGGAACAUGGAUCUCCACCAACCUUCCCAGAACCACGAUCUUAUGUAUCGAAGCUAGUCUGGUUCCGAAGGGUGCCUGGGAGUCCCUCUUGGAAGCAGAUGUUCGUCAUGAUGUACCGACCGCUCCUCAUCAUCGUCCGCUUUCCCAACGUUGCCUGGGCAGGAUUUAUCUACGGCAUCAACUUGUCCUGGUACAAUGUGCUGAAUGGUACAGCCAGUCCAGUACUCAGUGCGAGCCCUUAUAAUUGGCGAGCUGCUCUCGUUGGAUGCAUUUACGUGGGACCAUUGAUAGGCGCCAUCUUCGGCUGCUUGUGGUCUGGUUUCUUUUCUGACCGGGUGGCGCUCUAUUUCGCAAGGCGAAACAAUGGAAUUCGAGAGCCCGAGCAUCGACUAUAUCCUCUAGCCAUGGCUGGUGUGUUCUCUGCAGCGGGUCUGAUCACUUGGGGUGUCGGCGCCGCCCAUGGCAUCCACUGGAGCGGACUGGCAUUCGGACUUGGCAUGAUGGUGUUCGGCGUGGUCGUUGGAGGUGGCAUCGGUCUUUCUUAUGCCAUUGAUUGCUUCAAAGAGAUCAGCCUCGAAAGCAUGGCCAGUGUCAUCAUCAUCCGCAACACUAUUGGAUUCGGCUUCAGCUACGCAAUUACUCCAUGGUAUACCAACAUGGGCCUUCAGAACUGCUUCAUACUCGCUGGGUUUCUGGCACUGAUUUGUAUGGGUACGUUUGUCUUGUUGGUUUGGAAAGGCAAAGAUCUGCGGCGAGGUUCUGCGAAGACGUACUGGAAGUACGUCGAGUCCAGUGUCGGCGGCCACUAGGACUCAUCCACUCAGUGCCAAAGUCAGUCUGUCCUUCUGGUAGCCAGCGACGACAACCACGAAUAAAUUUCUUCAAAGCAGCGCCAUUCUUUCGAUUCUAGCUAGCAGUGCAUCAGCACGAUAUUAUCUCGUUGCGUGCCCUAGAAAUCGCCGGUCACUCCACGUCGGUCAUAUACUGAUUGCCUUGCCAAUCGACUCAUGAGCUAUACUCUGUCAGCAUUUGGACGUGUCCAUGGAAGACUACAGUGCGUGCAAGUGGAACACUACGGUUGCUCGGUAUCAGAGAGAAGAUUAGACUGUCGACAGUAGCCAGUGCGAGUCCGACAGCGGAUAAGUACCGAAGCCAAAUCCAGAAUAGGUAAUCCGCCCAGCUUUCAGUCUAAGGAUGACUGGUUUUCUCAUCAUGUGAAGGGGCUGUGCAAGUUGGAGAAUGAUGAGCACGUACCACUGGCAUUGACGAAUACUUCAAUGCUUCUUUCCCGGUCAAUGGUCAAUAGUCCAGCUCGACGGUCUCUUCCUGCUGGUUGUCCAUUUCCCGUGCCAAGCGGCGGUGCGUGACCGAUCCUUCGAUGGGGUCAUGAUCGUGAAUGUAGCCUUCCCAUUGGCGCUUGUGUCGUUGGUCAUACGGCACUUCUUGGGCCCGCUUGCGCUUCUUUGGGUCGCUCGAGAUUGAAUUUGUUUCGCUUCGACCGCUGUGUGAAGGUUUUCGCUCUAUUCGCUCUAUUGGUACAGUCGGUGCUGAUGCAUGUAUUUGCUGCUUACGCUGCACAGUGGCAUAUUGCAGCAGCUCGUCUUCAAGACUGGAAACGUCUGAAGCCGGCGAUGCCGCACCGGCGCUCUGUCCUUCGAGGUCUUCUUGGUACUGCGACUCCUGAUCUCGCUUCAUCUGCCACAAUUCCUUGCGUCGAAAGACAGCAAUCUGCUCAUCGGUGAGAGUGCGCUUGACGCCAUCAUCAUAGUAUCCCAGACCAUCGUCCUCUUGCUCAUAUUCCGGCUCGAAAUUGAGCGCCUGGUCACGAUCCACAAACCACUCAUUCGGCUUCGUGUCAUCGCCAAAGUGGGCGAGCUGGAAAGACAGGAGAUGAUGCUUACCUGCAGUCAGUACCUACCUGU